AUGGCUUACAAAGAUUUGGUUCCCGUUGGUUCGGCUCUUAUUAUUGCCGCCACCUCGUUUGGUCUUGGUGUGGUGUACUCCAAUUCUGCCUAUGACUACAACACGCUUUGGAAGUAUGACGAGGCAGGCUUUGCCAGGUCUUUGGCCCAUUACUCCAAUUGGGCCAAUGCUCCUAUGAGAAUCCACCAUAUUCUUCACUUUGUGAUUUUUUUGGGUCUUACUGGCUGUUUCAUCAAGUUGUACAAGCCACAUGAAGACGUCAAGUACUUUGAGUAUGGUACUUUGGGCUUGAUGAUGGUGGGCAUUGUGAUCUACUUGACCAACUUGAGAAUCGGUGUGAACAGUUGUAUUACUGGCGAAUGGGGUGAGGUUGACCAGAACACCGGUAUUAACGUGAUGGCUGCUUCUCAAUUCAUGAUUGUCAUUGCCUUGUCUGGUGUUCUUAUCCUUCAGGCUGGUUUGUACUAUGCUGAAUGGUACGACAACAAGCUCAAGAGAGACUUCUUGGAGAAGGAGGCUAAGGAGGCUGCUGGUAACGCUGGGGUUGACCCAGCUGUCACUGGUGCUUCUGAGGCUUCUGCCUCUGGCGUGGAGACUAGAUCCAAGGCCAAGGGCAAGGCUAAGAAGAGAACCGCCUAG